AUGCGGUUUGGCAUUUAUAAAAAGACCCUGCAGAAAGUUAAAGUGUCCUUAAACAAAAUCGGACGUCUCACGUUAUUUUACAGAAUCAGUUUUGUCUUUUGCAGAAAGUUCGUGCAGGAGUGCCCCAGCGGUCUGAUUACUCUCCACGAGUUCCGCAAGUAUUUCUGCGACUGUACCGUCGGAAACGAGUCUUCGGAGUAUGCAGAACAGCUAUUCCGAGCUCUGGAUAACAACGGGGACGGAAUAGUGGACUUCCGGGAAUAUGUCACCGCAAUCAGCAUGCUGGCUCAUGGAUCACCCGAGGACAAACUCAAGUGGUCUUUCAAGCUGUACGACAAGGACAGAGACGGGGCCAUUACUCGCUCCGAGAUGCUGGAAAUCAUGAAGGCGGUGUAUAAAAUGAGUAUCGCUGCUUCCAUCACGAAGGUGAAUCCGCUGACGGCAGAAGAGUGCACUAACCGCAUCUUUAUUCGCCUGGACAAAGACCACAAUGCCAUCAUUAGUCUCCAGGAGUUUGUGGAAGGUUCCCUGGAUGACGAGUGGAUUCGGGAGAUGCUGGAAUGUGACCUGAGCACUGUGGAAUUACAGAAGCCCCCCGCAUAUAUCCAUGUCCGAUCCAGAGAGAGCAUGUUCAGCAGUAGCCGGCGACACUUUUAAUGUACAAAUAUUAUCUCUUCAUUUGUCUCUUUGUAAAUCUGUUGUUUAUUUGUUAAACUGUAUUGUGUAUACUGCCUUUAUAUACAGAGAGCUGCUGCACGGUCAGCGUCAGGCCAAGGUCAAAGCCUUACAGACGAAACACUGUAAUAUAACAUUUAUCUCACUGGGAUCAGUAAUUAGAAGAAAUCAGCCUCUUGUGACUCUUUUUGCAUAAAAUGGGACAGGUAGUUGUGACUUUCUGUGACGUUCACUGAGGUCUGUCUACUACAUGCAUAGUUACAUAACCCAAUACUAUAUUGCACUACACAUCCUCAGAUCAUAGCAGAAUGUAUACUUAAAAUUAUAUUAGAUCUCUGAUAGACAUAAAAAUACCAUGAGAAGACCAUUUGUGACUUCCUGCUGCCUCCAUUCCCCUCCUCACUCAUUUCCUGAUAUACUCUGUGCUGCGGGGCACCCUGCUCCUUCCACUAUAUAACUCUAAGUCUGUGGCUGCCUGCUGCCUCCAUUCUCCUCCUCACAUCAUGUCACUGCCCCUGUCACAUGCUGCCCUGUCCUCACUGACACAUCACUCAUCUCCUGAUAUACACUGUGCUACCGGGGACCCUGCUCCUCUCACUAUAUAACUCUCAGUCUGUGACUUCCUGCUGCCUCCAUUCCCCUCCUCACAUCAUGUCACUGCCCCUGUCACAUGCAGCCCUGUCCUCACUGACACAUCACUCAUCUCCUGAUAUACUCUGUGCUACCGGGCAACCUGCUCCUUCCACUAUAUAACUCUCAGUCUGUGGCUUCCUGCUGCCUCCAUUCCCCUCCUCACAUCACGUCACUGCCCCUGUCACAUGCAGCCCUGUCCUCACUGACACAUCACUCAUCUCCUGAUAUACUCUGUGCUGCUGGGGACCCUGCUCCUCCCACUAUAUAACUCUCAGUCUGUGGCUUCCUGCUGCCUCCAUUCUCCUCCUCACAUCAUGUCACUGCCCCUGUCACAUGCAGCCCUGUCCUCACUGACACAUCACUCAUCUCCUGAUAUACUCUGUGCUGCUGGGGACCCUGCUCCUCCCACUAUAUAACUCUCAGUCUGUGGCUUCCUGCUGCCUCCAUUCUCCUCCUCACAUCAUGUCACUGCCCCUAUCACAUGCAGCCCUGUCCUCACUGACACAUCACUCAUCUCCUGAUAUACUCUGUGCUGCUGGGGACCCUGCUCCUCUCACUAUAUAACUCUCAGCCUGUGGCUUCCUGCUGCCUCCAUUCCCCUCCUCACAUCAUGUCACUGCCCCUGUCACAUACAGCUCUGUCCUCACUGACACAUCACUCAUCUCCUGAUAUACUCUGUGCUGCUGGGGACCCUGCUUCUCCCACUAUAUAACUCUCAGUCUGUGACUUCCUGCUGCCUCCAUUCCCCUCCUCACAUCAUGUCACUGCCCCUGUCACAUGCAGCCCUGUCCUCACUGACACAUCACUCAUCUCCUGAUAUACUCUGUGCUACCGGGGACCCUGCUCCUUCCACUAUAUAACUCUCAGUCUGUGGCUUCCUGCUGCCUCCAUUCCCCUCCUCACAUCAUGUCACUGCCCCUGUCACAUGCAGCCCUGUCCUCACUAACAUCACUCAUCUCCUGAUAUACUCUGUGCUGCUGGGGAUUCUGCUCCUUCCACUAUAUAACUCUCAGUCUGUGGCUUCCUGCUGCCUCCAUUCCCCUCCUCACAUCAUGUCACUGCCCCUGUCAUAUGCAGCCCUGUCCUCACUGACACAUCACUCAUCUCCUGAUACACUCUGUGCUGCUGGGGACCCUGCUCCUCCCACUAUAUAACUCUCAGUCUGUGGCUGCCUGCAUUCCCCUCCUCACUCAUCUCCUGAUAUACUCUGUGCUGCUGGGGACCCUGCUCCUCCCACUAUAUAACAUUAAGUCUGUGGCUGCCUGCAUUCCCCUCCUCACUCAUCUCCUGAUAUACUCUGUGCUGCUGGUGUGACAGAUAUGCUGCAACAGCUGGGAUCACUGAAACUAAAUUCUGUAUAUCUGGAAAUGGGUUACAUCUAUAAAACUGGCAUUAUUGGGUACUGUGCCAUGACGGAGGUGGCAUCACUGGGUACUGUACCAUGAUGGAGCUGGCAUCACUGGGUACUGUACCAUGACGGAGCUGGCAUCACUAGGUACCGUACCAUGAUGGAGCUGGCAUCACUGGGUACUGUACCAUGACGGAGCUGGCAUCACUGGGUCCCGUACCAUGACGGAGCUGGCAUCACUGGGUAUGCUGCCAUGGCAUAUCUGCCCUAACCUACCACAGCUGCAGGGGAUGUAGGUGGGACGCCAAUGCUCGGGUCCCAGCAGUCAGAAUGCCGACGCCGUACCCAACCCAGCUGCAGAUAAAGAGCAGAAUUAUCCUAGAACCCGUGUAACAAAUGCGCCGGAUAAGAUGCAGACAUUCUGUUACUGAUUUGUACUUUAUUUCCUAAUCUGCGUAUUCCUGUGUAACGUGCCCCCGGUUUCUUUUUUCAUACCUUUUUUUUUAUAUUUCUGUAAGAAUAACAAUAAAUAAUGUUUACAAAGCAA